AAUGAAUAAUGAAAAUUAAGAUAAAAAAUGGGAUUAUUAAAUAAAAAUUAUUUUACUAGGCUCUUGUGGAACAGGAAAAACUAAUUUUAUCUCAAAGAUUUGCAGAAAUUAAUUUGAUAUAGAAUCACAUUCAACAAUAGGAAUUGAAUUUGGAGUUAGAGAUGUAAUAGUUGAAUCUCAUUUAUUUCGAUUAUAAUUAUGGGAUACUGCAGGUUAAGAAAAGUUCUUAAGUAUGACAUCAGGAUAUUUUAAAAAUGCUGCUGGAGUGUUUUUACUUUAUGACAUUACAAAAAAAGAUAGUUUUGAUUAAAUAUAAGUAAAUAAUAUAAAUAAACUCUAGACUUGGCUUAAAAUGUGUAAAUAAUAUUUAGAUUAAUAUUGCGUAUUAUAUUUAGUUGGGAAUAAAAUUGAUUUAUAAUAUCUAAGAGAAGUGAAUAGGUCAUCAGGUUAAAGUUUUGCUUAAGUUAAUUAAUUACUAUUUGAAGAAUGUAGUGCAGCAAGUGGAGAGAAAAUUGAAGAUAUUUUAAAAGAAAUGGUCUCAAGUAUAAAUUUCUAAUUACAUAUUAGAUAUAUAUCAAAUAUUAAUGAUGAAUGAAAUUUAGGUUGAAAACCCUUAAUCAAAGUCAUCUUUAUCAAUAAAAUCAAAUUAAAAUACUUUAAACUCUUGUUGUAUUUGAAUGU